AUGUCACACAACACGCCCUACAAGGAGGUCGGCUUCAGCGACUCCUCCACAGGAUUCAUCCAACCACCUCAACCACCAGUCCCAAGGACUCACAAGAAGCGCAUCAGCCCUUGGAUCAAGUUUGGCGUUCCCGCUCUCAUCGUGAUCGCCAUCGCGGCCAUCGUUGGAGGUGUCUUGGGGAGCAGGAAAAAAUCAUCGGACAAAAACGACGAUGGAAACAGCGAAGACUCUACGGACGGGGGCAAGGACAAAAACACAGACAGCAGUAGUUUGCCAGGUAUUGCGACGGUCACCGACAAGCUCGAAGCUGGCCGUUUUGCGACCGCUACCAACUCAAAGUACAUGAUCCCUGUCUAUCCUUCAGCGUUACACUGGCAGACCAACGCAGCACUCUUCAGUGCACCGACAUUCGAUGCCAAUGCAGCAACCUGGCCGCAAGAUCCUGAACAGUUUGGCGAGCCCAGUCCCCUCCAGGUCAGACACGACCGCCCACGGCUCAUCGCACCCGCCUACAAGUGGGAUGCGCUCCCCGACCUCAUUCGGGCAGACCCCUACCUCGCUGGCUGGAACGAAACCAUUUUCCGAAACGCAUCCGAUUACCAUGCUCUCCCGCCCGUUCGAUACCACAUGGACGGCGACAGCGGUAUCCUCGACAACGCGCGCGAAUUCAAGAUGCGCAUCAAAGCAUUCGCUUACGCCUGGCGCCUAUCUCAGAACACCCGCUGGGCUGAUCGCGCAUGGCAGGAAAUCCAGCACGUCGUUUCGGACGACUUUGGUGGCCCCGAUCCAGACAACACGAAAUGGCACCCCACGCACUUCCUCGACACUGCAGAGUUCUCCGCAGCAUUCGGCAUCGCCUACGAUUGGAUGUACGACUUUUGGACGCCCGAACAGAGGACAUUCAUUCGCGACAAUCUGAUCAGACUGGGGUUAUCGCACGGUGCUGCUGUGUAUGGGGAGGGUGCAGAUUUUGGAUGGUGGAGCAGAGACACCACUGGUAAUUGGAAUUGCGUGUGUAAUGGUGGCCUUACCCUCGGUGCUCUCGCCAUCCUUGGUGAUGAUACCACUGGUACGGCUGAAGCACUCCUCCGUGCCACCAUCGACAACGCCAAAGCCAACUGCAUUCGCGCCGUCACGGACGACGGUUCAUGGCAAGAAUCGACCAACUACUGGUAUUUCGGUACCACCGGCCUCGCAGAGAUGGCUUCUGCUCUCCUCUCCGCUACCGGAUCGCACUAUGGCCUACUUACAGAAAACACCAACUAUUGGCGUACGGGUACCUUCCACAUGUAUGUCUUUGGACCCACCUCGUUGUUCGACUUUGGCGACCACGGCCCCAACAAGUUCUCUACCACCGCCAACACGAUGUUCCUCCUCGGCGACCAGCUAGAUCACCCCGAAUUCAUCCUCCACCAGCGCGAGCAAGCUGAUGCUGCCGAGCCAUGGAGCAUGUUCUGGUACAAUCCUGCCGUGGCUGGAGCAUUCUGGUCUGGCCUUCCACUCGACCACUUCUUUGACUCUCCCCCCGUCCAGUGGGCUUCAAUGCGCAGCAGCUGGACAGACAAGGACGCUGCUUUCCUCGGUAUCAAGGCGGGUCGCAACCAAGGUCACCAGAGGCACAACGACUUGGACGUUGGUACAUUCGUUAUCGACGCGUUGGGCACUCGCUGGGCUGGUGAACUUGGCUCGGGCGAUUAUCUUUCGACGGAGUACUUUGGCGGUGAAGACCAGGAUGCAGAACGGUGGAAGUACUACAGGAAGCAUACGAUGGGACAGAACACGUUGAUGAUUGGGAGGAGGAACCAGAAUGUCGAUGCUGCUCCGACGGUCAGACAUGACUCGAGUGGGACGACGCAGGAUUCGAGCACUGUGUUUACCCCCGAAGACGAUUCGACUGCUUUCUGGACAACGGACAUGACGAGUGCUUAUUUCGAUGCCACUUCGGUCAAACGUGGAGGCCGCUUCCUCAAUGGUCGACGUCAAAUCCUAAUCCAGGAUGAAGUAGACGCCCAAGCUGAAGUACAAUGGCGAAUGCACACCAACGCGACAAUCGAGAUUGAUUCAUCCGGUACAUCCGCAACACUUACACUCGAUGGAAAGGAGAUGCAAGUCGUCCUCCUCGACCCGCCUGCAGGCGCCCGGUUCUCUGAACAGCCAGCGGAAAGACAGGGUAUUGAACCCAUCCCAGCCUUUGGUGAUCAGUCGAAUGAUGGGGUGAGGGUGUUGAGCAUUGUGUUGGAUGCUGGGAGUUAUACGUUGAGGGUACUGUUUAAUCCCCAGUGGGAGGGUAUGGGUGCCGAUGACUAUGUUACGCCUCCGAAUGUAGCUUUGGAUGAUUGGAGCUUGACUAGUCAUAAUUGA